AUGGGAGGAGUUGCUGUUCUUCAACCCCAAGAUGUGUUGAAAGAGCGAUUACCUCGUUUGAAUCCAAUCAAUUCUCCUAAUUUUGGUUCUAUCAAGUCUCGAUCAAACCCUAAUACCAAUUCUAAUCCUAAGCCUAACCCUAACCCUAAUUUCAUUUCUAACCCUGAGCCUAACCCUAGUUUCAUUUCUAACCCUAAGCCUAACCCCGUCUCUACCAGAUCAUCGAAUGGAUGUCGAAAAAGGAGUCCCUCAAGACUUUCCAACAGCAGCACCACCACCACGGCGGUGGCUGCUAAUCAGAAACCUAGAAAUGCUCUUGUCAUGGAGCAAGUGAAGAUAUUGAAACGCGGCGAAGCGUUGGAUCAGGCAACCAAGGCGGUUAUGGUGCCGAAGAAAGAAGAGAGGGGUUUGAACACUAAAGUUUUGGAUGAUUUUGUGUUGUCGUCGACGGAUCGGCUGGGUCCGGAGCCUGAUAUAGUACCGAAACAGGUCACCGUUGCUGGAUUCUUUGCUGGAGCGGCCUUUUUUGAGUCACCACCGCCGAGUUCCGUACCUGUACCAACUUUUUUCAAAAAGACAAGUGUUUUGACACAGGAACAUGAUGCUACCAGUGAUUUGCGUCGAAUUCUUGGGCUUAAUUUGGCUUGA